AUGCUACUACGUGCUGUUGAUGUUUUCGACAUUUAUGUUGAGCCAUUUAUUUAUUCUGGUUUCCGUCCACCUAAUCAACCUUAUUCAUACUAUUAUCGAUCACUAUUUUCAUUACACAAUGAAACAUUAUCUGUAUGGAUUCAUUUAUUUGGUACAAUUAUUCUUAUCACGCAAAUUUUUUCGCAAAUUCUUCAAGUGUCAAUGAAUUCAUAUUCAACAAUACAAUGUAUUUAUCUUUGUUAUAAUUGUAUUGGUGCAUGUAUGAUGCUUCUAUGUUCAGCACAAGCACAUUUAUUUCAUUCGAGAACAUUAGCUGAUCAUUUGCGUUCAUUUUAUCUUGAUUAUUUUGGAAUUAGUUUUUAUGGUUUUACAUCGGGUAUUAUUCUAUACAGAUUUUCACAUAAGCAACAAUUUUCCACGUUUACAAAUGAAACAUCAUAUUAUUUAAUAUUAAGUCUAUUAUCAUUAUAUUCGUUAUCAGUAGCAUGCUUUUGUAAAACAUAUUAUCGUCGGCCAUAUCCAUUUUCUCAUAAAAUCUUACAAUGUUCUGGUGUUUUAAUUCUUUAUCUUGUUCAAAUUUGGCCAAUAUUAAACAAUAUAUUUUAUACCUUUAUUUUAUCGAACAAUGGUCGAACAAUAAUCAAAUCUGAAGAAAAAGCUCUCGUUUGGCAUUUAAUACAAAUUACUUCAUUCAUUUUAAGUGGUCUCAUUUUUGUUGCAAGAAUUCCUGAACGUUUUUGUCCCGGUUCAUUUGAUUUGUGUGGUCAAUCACAUCAUGCAUUUCACCUAACUAUAUUCCUAACGUCUUUUACUCAAGCAAAUGCUGUAUUCGAAGAUAUGCAUACUAUUUCAUGGAAUAAUGUUCAUUAUAAUUGGAAGAAAGAUAUGCUAUUAAGUUUGAUUGUAUUUAUUUUAGAAUCAAUUACAGUUUUUGUAUGGUUUCACAUAAGUCGACCAACUAUUGAACGACGAUACAAAGUAGAUUCGAAAAAACAAUGA